GGCACUAACAUCCGGGUCCUAGGGAUGCCGUCAGCCGGAGAGGGGGCGACAAUGCCCGGCUGUUUCCCUGCUCCUGCUCGCUGCUGAGUGAGGGAAGUUGUCAGGCAAUCUUUUCGGGGUUGGGAGGAAUCUGAAGAGAAACGAAACCCGAUCGACCGGAGCUCUCCUUGCAGCAUCCCCAGAAGACCACUUUUUGUCGCGGAGGAGGCCUCUUAACAUUGACAAACUAUGGAAGAAGCAGCAAGUCAAAUGCAGCCCUCGAAUGAAAACCAGGUGCUGAGUUCUGAAGGUGGAUACGUAUGGCAGGUUACUGAUAUGAAUCGAUUGCAUCGUUUCUUGUGUUUUGGUUCUGAAGGAGGUACUUACUACGUCAAGGAACAAAAAUUGGGCUUUGAAAAUGCUGAUGCUCUGCUAAGGCUUAUUGAAGAUGGCAAAGGCUGUGAAGUGGUGCAGGAAAUAAAGACGUUUAGCCAAGAAGGGAGAGCAGCAAAGCAGGAGCCCGUAUUGUUUGCGCUUGCCAUUUGUUCACAGUGUUCAGAUUCAAAAACAAAGCAAGCAGCUUAUAAAGCUGUCUCUGAAGUCUGUCGCAUACCCACCCAUCUCUUCACUUUCAUCCAAUUUAAAAAAGAUCUGAAGGAGGGCAUGAAAUGUGGCAUGUGGGGUCGUGCUCUAAGAAAAGCUGUUGCUGAUUGGUACAAUGGAAAGAACGACAUGGCUAUUGCUUUAGCAGUGACAAAAUACAAGAAAAGAAAUGGCUGGUGUCAUAAAGAUCUUCUCAGAUUAUCCCAUCUAAAGCCUGCAAAUGAAGGCCUUGCCAUAGUCGCUAAGUAUGUAAUGAAAGGGUGGAAGGAAGUCCAAGAGGCAUAUAAAGAUAACAAACUUUCUGCUGAGACUGAAAAAUUGUUAAAGUAUUUGGAGGCAGUGGAGAGGGUGAAGUAUACAAAGGAUGAAUUGGAAGUGAUUCAUUUGAUAGAAGAGUAUAGUUUAGUUAGAGAACACCUCCUGACAAGCCAUUUGAAAUCUAAAGAGGUGUGGAAAGCAUUGCUACAGGAGAUGCCCUUAACAGCAAUGCUGAGAAAUCUAGGAAAGAUGACAGCAAAUUCUGUCCUUGAACCAGGAAGCCCAGAAGUAACAAUAGUUUGUGAAAGACUAAGAAAUGAAAAACUUCUUAAAAAGGCCCGAAUACAUCCAUUCCAUAUUUUGGUUGCACUAGAAACCUACAAAGGAGAACGUGGUUAUCGGGGAAAGCUUCGCUGGCAACCUGAUAAGGAUAUUUUGGAAGCACUUGAUGCCUCAUUUUACAAGACCUUCAAAACAGUGGAGCCAACAGGGAAGCGUUUCCUGCUUGCAGUUGAUGUCAGUGACUCUAUGUUCCAAAAGGUUUUGGGCAGUGUGCUGAAUGCUAGUACAGUCGCUGCAGCAAUGUGUAUGGUUGUUGCACGCACUGAAAAAGAUUGUCAUAUUGUUGCCUUUUCCCAUGAAAUGGUCCCUUUUCCAGUGACUGAGGGCAUGACAUUACCUCAAGUAUUACAGAAAAUGUCUGAGAUUCCAAUGGGUGCUACUGAUUGUUCUCUUCCAAUGCUGUGGGCUCAAAAGACAGGUGUAGCUGUCGAUGUCUUUAUUGUGUUUACGGAUAAUGAGACCUUUGCUGGAGAUACUCAUCCUGCCACAGCCUUGAGGAAGUAUAGGGAGAGAAUGGGUAUUCCAUCCAAGCUGAUAGUUUGUGGAAUGACAUCCAACAGCUUUAGCAUUGCAGACCCAGAUGACAGAGGCAUGUUGGAUAUAUGUGGCUUUGAUACAGGAGUGCCAGAUGUCAUUCGAAACUUCACUUUGGAUUUGAUUUAAAUCUGUGAACACCUGCUUUAUUGAAUCUGUUACUUGCUGAAGACUUUGACCUGGGACCUACCAGUCGGAUUGACUGACUGUACUAACUUACAACUGAGUUUGAUGCAUCAAUUGGAAUGUUGAACACUUUUUAAGGGGAUGUAAAGAGAAGUGGAGGCAGAAUCACUUUCUGGGGAGAUUGUGCACAUCUCUUGCAUAUAGUUUAAAAAUAGAGUUGGGAAGCCUUCUAGAAAUAGCUCUGAAACACUGUAUGCAUUAAUUUUUUUUAAUAGCUUACCUAUAACAAGGUAUUCCAUUGCUUUAUACUUUAUUUUCUGAGAAUAAUUUUAUUCUGUUACUUCCAGGAUGGGAAGUGAUUUUAAUAUUUCAUUGCAUACAACAUGUUUAUAUUUGGCAACUUGCUGCUUUCAGUGGUCCUUGUAUUAGUUGGGGAUUCUGUAUCUACAAGAUUGGGGAUAUUUUUUAGACAACUGGAUUGUCCCAAGGGAUACGCGAGUGGGGUUCAGUCUUCAGCCUUCUCCUAAAUCAUCCCUUUUUUCAAAGCACGUCUUGCAAAAAUUGCACGAUUUUGUAGUUAUGCAUUCUUACCACACUUAAUUCAUGAAUAAGUAUCUUUUAAAUUUUAUAUGUUUGCUGAAAUGAAGACGUAUCAUCAAGCAAGUUUGUGUAUUUGCACAUGUUAAUCAAAGGUGAAUGAAAUCAUAAACCUCACUGCUUGGCAAAGCUCAUACUGAGAAAAAUUGUGACGACUAAUUUCAUAGUGGUAAUAUGCUCUGAAACUGUCUAAAGUGAUGAUAACGCAGAACCAAUACAUGUUUCAAGUAUUUUCAGUGCAGUUGAUUCCAAUGAGAAGCUAUAUUUUAGUCAGCAGUAAUUUGUGGUGAAAUAUUAGUGCAGACAAAGCCUAAGUAGUUUUCAGCUCUGUAGUGUACUAUAGGGAAAUACUUUUGGAUUGCACUAGACCACACAACUGUGAUAGGGGUACAAAAGCUACGUAUAUUUUAAACUGAAGGGAAAAAAGUUUUGAUUACAUUGUAAUGGAUUUUUGGCCUUUUCUGGAGUUGAAUGUAUUUGGUACAUAGCAUCAGGAUCCUAUCUUGCACAGUCCCCUUUGAAAUGUAAGGGAAGUGCACAACAGCAGAAGUGAUUUUUCCUUCAGUCAGAUUCUGCAGAAUGUUAACAGUAGAUUGAAUUAUUUUCCUUCACAGAAAACCUGUGUUAAUCAGUGCAGCGGGUAGAGCAGAACUGAUACUUAGGCAUAUAUAUUGGAGUCCUUAAGUAUGCCAUAUAAUACAAAAAGUUUUUUUCUCAUGGCUUAGUCAUAGUUUGGAUUUAGUCUGAUAAACUUCUUUCAAGUGUACUUCUCAGUACAAACACUGAUCCGUCUAGAAAAAUUGUAGCAAAGUAAUUAUACAGUGCAUUCUGCAUAUAUUUUGUAGCCAACUGCUUGUAUGUGCCUCACAGCCUGGUAAACAUUUGCUUUAGAUUAUAAUGACCAAGGGUGCAGCAACUGGCAGCUUCUUAAUCCAUUCCAAUGUUUUUGCUCUGAAUUUUGUAUAAGAGGCUGUGGGUGCUUGCAUUUUUUUUACAACUCUAUAAAUUACUUGCAGAUGCAAUACCUUUUUUAUAUAUAUAAAAAUGCUUAAAAUGGCUAGAGAAAUUUCUCUAAUCUAUUUUGAUACUAGUACCUAAAAAUAAAGCAAAUCAGUUAGAAUUUGUGGUUGUUGCAGGGUAUACAUCUUAAGACUCUAUUACUGUGUAAGCAGUGACAUAUGCUUAUAUAGCGCUGCAAAGUUUGACUAAUUGGUAGAGUAUUUGAUUAAAAAUUUAGAUCAAGAAAGUGCCCAGUUAACAGAGCAACACUGUUUAAAAAAUAAUAUAAGCAGUAUGUAUAGUUACUUUUCUGCCUUCUACAGAAGCAGCAACCGAUCAGAAGCAGCUAUAUUUAAAAUCAUGCCAUUUAAAGUACUUGUGGCUGUACUCUUGUAAAUUUUUAUUAAAGAAGCCAAAUGUCUGAAAAUGUUUCCAUAAUGCCGGGCUGCUUUUCCAAUAUCUUGGGUGAUAUUUGUUCUAAAUUAGCUCUUUAAUUUUCAAUGGAGAUUCUUGGCAGACAUUUCCUACUUAACUGAAAAAAAUAAACAUCAUUCUGGUUCUUAUGAUUAUUAUGCCUUUUCCUAUAGAGAGAUGUCCAACAUAUGGAGUAGAUGCAUGAUUGAUCUACAGAUACUAUUGACAGUUACUGACAAUAUGAACAGAACUACUGUCCUCCCCAGGUACGAGAAUCUCAAACGCACAAUAAAUGGUAAAGGGUACAAUAGUCAGUUGCUGCUAAGUGUGAAAAGAAUUGCUAACCCUAAACAUUAUUAACUUAAAGUAUGUGGUUUGUAUGGCAUUUGUAAAAGUUUGGUGUAAAUAAUAGGUGAUUCAGAGAAUAAGCUUGUUCAAGUAGAAGCAAAUUGAAGUGACCUUGUGUAGCUUUAGCACAAAUUUAGUUCAUUGAAAACAAAAAGGAAUACAGCUGUACCUGCACCAUGUUUCUGUGUGUUAGAAAUGAAGAGUUCUGGUUUGUUUUGCAGGUGGAGAUUUAGGGCCAAUUCUGAUGUAACAUUUUUCCAUUAUGGAGGAAUGCCUGUAGCAGCCUAAACCAGGGGUGGCUGACCUGUUGCCCUCCAGAUAUUGUUAGACUACAACUCCCAUCAGCCCUAGCAAGCAUAACCAGUAGUCAGGGAUGAUGGUAGUUGUAGUCCAGCAACAUCUGGAGGGCCACAAGUUAGCCAGUCCUGUCAUAAACAUUGGCUAGGAUCUGAAGAGUUACUCUAGGUGUGGCCAGUGAUGUAGUUGUGUCCUGUUGAAUUUUUGCUUCCUAUUCCAUUAAAUUGUAGUACCUCACCUCCUCCCCCAUCACAAAUUGAUUUUGAGAUUUUCCUCAGUUUAAAAAGAGAUUUUCUACAUGACAUAGAGUGGAUUGGCUGAUCAAGAAGUGCUAGUCAGAUUAUUCCAUGAGCAUGUGGAACUAGCCACGCAGUUUUGAAAAUCUGUGCUCCUUUCAGCAAAACUGUUGUUUUUUUACCUUGACACUUUUCCAUACAUUCUUCCUUGGAAGGAUUUUUUUUUACAGACACUGAUCUAUGAUACAAAACAUUGUUUUGAUUAGCCUAGCUGAUUUUAUUCUCCAGAACUCCUAGGUUGACUUUUUGAAAAAUGUUAACCUGCCUUCCAGAUUACAUUCAGUCAUUCAAAUUAUUCUUCAAACAAAAGUCUGGAAUUGCCUUUUCACCAAAGAAUAUCAGUGAUCCCCUUAGAUAAUUCAUUUACUUUGUGCCAAUAUUUUAUGAAAACAUUAAAAGUAGAAAUGAAGCUCAGUUUUUCAAAAGUUUGUGUUUACAAUAUGCAAGUGUUUCUCAGGUAUAUGGGUAGCUAUUCUGAUUUUGAUGUCAAAAUGCUAUGAAAUUAAGUCCUGCCUUUUUCUGCCUGUGUUGUAGAAGCAGUAGAGUGUAGCAGGUAAGGAGGAGGAGGGGAGCAGCAAUCAGGGUAGAAGGUGAGGUGCCAUGACUGGUUCUGUAUUCAAGAUGACCAAGGCUGUUUCUCAUUCUUUUAUGUGCUGUUUAUCUUUGUUGUAUCCUCUAUUCUGGGCAUUCCGGUAUUGCAGACAAAUUCCAUAGAUUGUAUUGGUGCUGAAUAAAACUGGUUCUGUGCAUGUGGGCAGAACAGACUUCAAUUGGUUAUUUGGUAGGUAGCAUAAAGUGUUGCUGUAGGAGAGGUUGCUAGGCAGCUGUGAGAGCAAUUGGGUGUUUGAAGGAACUGAAUGAGUACUUCUGCAAAAUAAAAAGUGUUACCUAUUAAAUCUGGAUGUGUUUAUGUGACUUAAUGCAGCAGUUAUCAGUUGGGUAAAUAAACUGUUAGUUUUGAGUUAAAAGGUUUUCAGAUGCUUACUACUAUGGAUCUAAGCUAUUAACUUUGGGAAAGUCCUAUAAAUGUCACUGUGGAACUGCUUCUGAGGGCAGUCCAUAGAAAAGAAAAUGCUGAAGUUUGUAAACUAAAAUGGAGAAAUUAUUGUAGGGAUAACAUAUAUAUUGGGACUUGGAGGUGGAUGAAUUAAAAAUUAGGGACCUAAUUCUAAAAGAAGCAUUGAGAAGAAAACUAUUUCCUGAAAAGGGUUUUGAUUCCUUCUUCAAAUGCAUGUCUUUGUUCAAAUGGUGACACACAUAAUUACAAUAAAUUAAGAAUCUGAUAGAAAAAUGAAGACUUUAGUAGGAGUGAAGAAUGUGCAGAGAUGAAAGAAAUUUGAACAGUUUGAGAAGGGAUACAAUUAGCACUUUAUGAGAUUUUGGGAUGAGAAAUUAAAAUUGAACUGAAAUUGUUCUAUUUCUAUCUACCAUCUGGAACCUGUAUGUUAUUUAAAAAUAAGGGCUUGUAUCUAGUUGUGAAAUUGGCUUCUCUCUUACAUAACAGGGCUUUCCUGCCCAUGUCCAUGUUCAGCUCCCUGCACACAUGCCCCCCAAAAGCCUCUUCUGACAAUUUGGACCCUUGAAAAAAGCCCUGGGGCAUGGUACAGAUGGGGAGGAAGGGGCAGAAAAGCCUUGUGAUAUGAACAGCCUUCUGUUUGAAUAAUUUUGGAUACAAGCUAUGGUAAAGCAUGAAUUGAUUAAUGCUGAUAAGUAGUCAUUUCAUAAAGCCAGAUGAUGAACGUAAUCCAAGGCCCUGCAGCACUGGUGCCUUGUGCUUGUUUCUGUGAAGUAGUCCACGUGCUUAUGAGGAUUUCCUACCACGUCUGUAGUUCACAGAAGAAACAGAACCUGAAACCCCUGGUGUGGAGAUAACUAUGUGUCACAUUUUCUGGCUCAUGAAUAGUGAAUAAUGUAUGGUCUAUGGACUACACCAUAAUGUUUUUGUUUAAUUCUGAAUGUCUUCUGUUGGUGUAUACAAAAUGUUCAUGCUAUCACGUCUCUUACUACACAAAUGUUACUGGCUCACUUGUGACGCUUUAAACCCUGGUGCUGUUCAGGCUCCAUUCAUUUUCUCUGUUCAAGUUUUACAGAAGUGUAUGGAAGUGCUGAAUGAACUGUGUCCUAAGCAGGUAGCUUUUCCCUAUGAAUAGUUGUUCUAGAGGUCAUCUUAAUCCCACUCAUUCUUCUUUUGGUCACUUUUCUGAGGGUUGCCAGUUCCAGGUAUGAUUUGUGCUGCUAAUCUUUGUUCUUUUUUUAAAUUAUAAAUACUACUACUUUAGACCUUUGUUCUUGCAUUUCUUUCUGUAGUAGUAGACUGAACCUAUAAGCUGGUGCAGACAUAACCAUUUGUUUAAACUGGUUGAGGUAGAAGGAUGCUCCUUCUCCCCUCUAGCCUCAACUAGGCUAACUUAGUUGGCAAAGGGUUAUAUCAAUACAGAUGGUAACUGUGGCUAAUGAUAACCAUAAUUCCCACUUAAAUGGAAUUUUUAAUCAGCUUCUAACUUCAUAUUCUGGCUACUUAGUGCUGACCAUGAUUAACAUUUGUGCCAACAUAACCCUUAAACAUGAUUGAGGCUGCUGUGGGAAAUUAAUGCCAGAGAGGUGGGAGUGAGCAAUCAUAUGACUGGCUCCCAAAUUCGCAGCCAUGGAUAGGGCAUCAGAAAACACAGGCCUAUGGUCCAUUGACCUCUUAUGGACAUAGUCUUUGAUUUCACAAGAGUUGCUUUGUGUAUACCCAUAUGCUCACUGAAGUGGGAUCGCAGUGUUGAUGAUGGAUGUUAAAUACAGAUGGCAUAAAAUAAUGUUAGCUGAUGGUUUCACUAGAGGAUUGAUAACAAGUGUGAGAAAUUGAGGGUCCAGAUGGGCAGGAAGCUGUGGGGUACAAGUUGAAUAAUCAUGGUACUUCAGGAGUACAAUAGAAAUAAGAAAAUUGAGCAUAUAUCAGUAAAGGUUUUAAAAAUAAAAUUACAAGGUUGUUUGUGUUCUUUGUUCUUCUUGCUUUGGGUAUAGUUGUUUAUAGAAAUUGAGCAGUAUUCCUAUUACUGAGCUAACGUACAAGAAGACUGAUUAAUUUGAAGGAAAGGCUUCAGUUGUCGCCAGUUAACUAGUGUAGAAGCAGACAAAGCACAGUGCUUUACAAAGUAUACACCUCGGUGCUUGCCAAACUCAAUUAAAAAUAACCUAAAAUCAGAUGAACAUGUGGAAGGCCUGGAUUAAUUUUUGUGAUACUAGAAAUGAUGCAUUAGAAAUGUUUUCCUUGGAUUCACAAAGUGCUUGAGAACCUGAUGAAUACUGUGCAGGCCGUUUUUCUUUUCCUAUAUUUGUGAAUUUGGAGUAGAGAAAUUAUUCUUAAGAUGAGUGCACUUUAACAUGGCAUAAUACUAUAACCAUAACAUUAACGAUGAGCACAAUAGGUACCAAACUGCCCUUUUAAAAACUUUGUUCACCUUGAAUACCAAGGAGGCUAGGCUAGAACCCUUUUUUAAAUAUCUGGUUUUCUCUGUGAAGGAAAUAUUUUGUAUGGAGCUUUCAACCAUGUGAGUCCCCACUUAUAGUCUGACGUUAUAAUGCCAGGCACAGGUUUAUCACUUCAGAGAGAACUUGCCCUUGUAUUCACUUUCUCAUUUGAGUAGCUGUUCUUAAAUUGAUACUUUGUUAAAAAUACAUUUGCAUAUUUGGAGCAAUAUAGGUCACAUUGUGUACAAAAGUAACUGCUAUAUAAUGCUAAUUUUAUGUGUAAUUGUACAACAAAGUUAACAUUAUUGUUACAGCUGCCAGCUGCAUUGCUAGUUAUUAGAUCCAAAUUAGGUUGAUACAGGAUGUGGGGGGCAUUGUUAAUAGACUGAUAAAUAUAAUUUUGAUGUUUGUUUUUUCUAGGAGAAAUGAAAGAAUGAAAAAAGAGCCUUAAUUUGGUAAAUGGUGUCAUUCUUGCUUAGAAUGCCUUAAGACUCAUAUGAAAUGGGCACUCAUUUGAAUCUGUAGAUGUGCAACGUUUUUCAUAAAUAAUUAAGUUCUGCCUUAAGCCACACCACUCUGAGACUCAGCAGGGUACAAUUUAGCAGCACUAGGCUAAGAGAGGGUGGGAAGGGAGGAUAGCUUUUGUGGAAUAAGGAUAAAAAAAUGUAAUGCAACCUAGACAUACCACCAAUUUGCAUGGUUUUUUUGCAUUUAUUUGACUGAAUUUACUGUACUGUAGGAAAACACUGUAUUCAAAAACAAAGCUGUUUAUCCUAAGUGAUCAGAUUAAUUUAUUUUACUACUGUUGUCGGAAGAUAGACCAGCUUUCAGCUGUUCAGUUUCAGAUUCAAUUCUUUUAGAAAGUUGCCAUAGAUAUAUUGACCAGCAUUUGUACAAAACGUGCUUUUUUAUUUUUUAAAAAGGUAUGUUUAGUGUGAAAUGUGUUUGUAUGUCUAAUUGGUAGAUAAAUAUUAACAGGGUCAUAAAGAACUUAACAAAUUGUUGACACUUGAAUGGCAGGAAGAAUACAGUUAUCCAAGUCUCUGUGUUUAUGACUUGCUUUAUAUGUGUUAAAUGUGCACUAAGCCAUUAAAAAUAAGCAAGACUGGCAAUAAACUACAAAAUUUGCCCAUUUAAACUUUUACUAUAGAAGUAAGUUUAUACAUUUUGCUGUUUGCUUGUAUGUUGACUUAGAAGUUGCUGUUCAUCUUUUAAAGGUGAAAAACUGCCUUCUGUUGGAACAAACUAUAUGUUAGAUGCAAAUGUGUAUAAAGAAGCCCUGAUAAUCGUUUGUUAAACAGCUUAAGGAGAUGACUGUUUUGAAUGGAGUUUUUGUUUUGUUAGGAUGAACAUGCAUCAGGGAAGUAGAAUGGAAAAACAGCUAGGUGGGGAAAGUGAAGCAGACUCUUCACUCAGAAUCUUCUUCUCCUGCAGCUGCUUUUCAUUCCAGAAAGCAAGCAAACAAACUGCCAGAGCUUCAUAAAAUAAUUUGGCUAUCAUGUAUAGUUAGGCCUUAAGAGCUUUGUGUUGAUAUUUGACUGCUACUUAAAAACAAGUCAGAUAAUCAGCCUGAAUGUUGUUUUUAACAAAACAAGUAAUGCAUAUUUAACUGAGACACAAUAAUUUUCUUAAUAAGAAAGGUGAAUAUUAUUUGUCAGAGGGUAGUUUUUUGUCUUAUUCAUAUCCUUCAUUUUUGAAUACUUAACCGUUUUUGACACUUACGGCAAAUACGUUCCUAAUCUGCCUUAUGAUUUGUAGAACAUGACAAGUACAAAAUAAAUUCUAUGCAUAUCAUUCUCUUAAA